AUGGCGUUUCAUGGGAUGAUGGAUGAUGUAGCAGACAUGAGAUUCAAAGCAGAGGUGAUGAUUCUUGAGAGAGUUGUGUAUAAGUCUAGGAAUGGGCACAAAGGAUCAAGGCUUUUCAAAAAGCUUGUGCAUGUGCUGAGAUUAUGUAGAAUGUUCUUGGCAGCCAGAGUACAAAGCAAGGUGUAUUUAGUACGCAAAGCAUGCGAAGAUUUGUAUAUACUGGGGACUUCAAAUAUUCCGGACGGAUAUUUCAUUGGAUACACAUUAGUGGUGCUUGGAAUAAGCUCUAGGAUACAUUAUCUAAUAGCAAAGCUCAAAUGCAAGGAAGACCAAGUAGAUGACAUAGAUGACAUGUUUGCUGGGAUUAGUGAUGUUUAUGCUGAUCAGUGA